ACCACAUUUAUUCUUCUAUCCAAUAAAAAACCCCCUCCAUCCUCUUCUUCCUCCUCUGUUUUGGGUUUUCCUUUCCAGUAAAAUUUCUGAUUUUUCAGGUAUAUACAUAAAUAUGAGACAAGAAAUCUUCGUUUCUCUCUCGCUUUUUUAGGGUCCGAUCAUCUUCAUCUUGUGUUUGCUCUGUUUGGUUCCUGAAGUAAGAAGUCUCUUUUUCUUUUCGGUAUCGAUUUGGGAUUUGGUUGUAAAGUGCUUCCAUUUAUUUGAAAUGGCUCCCUUCGCUCUCAUAUCUGACACCGAGGCCUGGAAGGAAUUGAAGGUUCAUGUCGAGGACAUUAAGAAGACCCAUUUACGUGAUUUGAUGAAUGAUGCUCAGCGGUGUCAGUCAAUGAUGGUUGAGUUUGAUGGGUUGCUAUUGGAUUACUCACGGCAGAAUUCCACAAUUGCAACCAUUGACAAACUCUUUAAAUUAGCAGAUACAGCAAAUCUCAAAGAGAAGAUCAAUCAAAUGUUUGGUGGGGAACAUAUAAAUAGCACAGAGAAUAGAUCAGUACUCCAUGUUGCUCUUCGUGCUCCUAGGGACACUGUUAUUCAGAGUGAUGGGAAGAAUGUGGUCCCGGAUGUUUGGAAAGUUCUGGACAAGAUCCAGGAGUUCUCUGAGAGGGUCCGCAGUGGUUCUUGGGUUGGAGCUACAGGAUUACCACUUACAGAUGUUGUUGCUGUUGGUAUUGGUGGCAGCUUCUUAGGUCCUUUAUUUGUGCAUACUGCUCUUCAAACAGAUCCAGAGGCUAUCAACUCAGCAAGAGGUCGCCAACUGCGUUUUCUUGCAAAUGUUGAUCCAAUUGACGUUGCUAGAAAUAUCACAGGGUUAAACCCUGAAACUACUCUUGUUGUGGUAGUUUCAAAAACUUUUACUACAGCAGAAACCAUGCUGAAUGCUCGAACACUUAGGGAAUGGAUUUCAGCUGCACUUGGUCCUUCUGCUGUUGCUAAGCAUAUGGUAGCAGUCAGCACAAAUCUUACGCUUGUGGAAAAAUUUGGCAUUGAUCCUAAUAAUGCUUUCGCAUUCUGGGACUGGGUUGGUGGACGAUAUAGUGUUUGUAGUGCUGUUGGGGUGUUGCCUUUGUCUCUCCAGUAUGGUUUCCCAAUUGUUGAGAAGUUCUUAAAGGGGGCCUCCAGCAUUGACCAGCAUUUCUACUCGGCACCAUAUGAGAAAAAUAUUCCUGUGCUUUUAGGCUUGUUGAGCGUAUGGAAUGUUUCAUUUCUUGAAUAUCCUGCAAGAGCCAUCUUACCUUACUCCCAAGCCCUGGAGAAGUUUGCCCCACACAUUCAACAGGUUAGCAUGGAAAGUAAUGGCAAGGGUGUAUCAAUUGAUGGAGUUCCUCUUCCCUUUGAGGCUGGUGAAAUUGACUUCGGUGAACCUGGAACAAAUGGUCAGCACAGUUUUUACCAGCUAAUUCACCAGGGCCGCAUUAUUCCUUGUGAUUUUAUUGGUGUUGUGAAGAGUCAGCAGCCUGUCUACCUGAAAGGUGAAGUGGUGAGUAACCAUGAUGAGCUCAUGUCCAACUUUUUUGCUCAGCCGGAUGCCCUUGCUUAUGGGAAGACCAUAGAGCAGUUGCAAAAGGAGAAUGUUGCGGAGCAUCUUGUUCCUCACAAGACCUUCUCUGGGAAUAGGCCUUCUCUCAGCCUUCUUUUGCCUUCACUAACUGCUUACAAUAUUGGACAGUUGUUGGCAAUCUAUGAGCACAGAAUUUCUGUUCAAGGUUUCGUGUGGGGCAUCAACUCUUUUGACCAGUGGGGAGUUGAAUUAGGGAAGUCCCUAGCUACUCAAGUUAGAAAACAGCUCCAUGCAUCUCGCACCAAGGGAGAACCUGUCCAGGGCUUCAACUUUAGUACCACAACUUUAAUAACAAGAUAUAUGGAAAUCUAAUUCAAACAAGAUCCUUUGUUUGUGCCAAACAAGAAAAGGUGGAGAGAAUAACAAGAAAACAUCAAGAACUUUUGUUCUUCUUCUUGGAUCCUCAACGAAUGUUGUCCAUUUAUUUCAAAUCAAUGAGAAAACAAUAAGGCUAUUGUGAUAAAUUACAAUAUGAAACCCUAGCCACCAUGGGUUUCGAUUGCUCCUCUUGUAGCUGCUAUCUGAGUUUUUUUGUGUUUCAGGCGGUUUUGUUUUCUUUAAUCAUAAUAGAGUGGGUUCCUUCAGUCAGAAUAGAGUGGGUUUAGUUUUCUGAGUUUUUCCGCGCCGCUGGUUUCUUUGAGAUUUCCACCUCUACAAGAUGCGUUUGAUUUGGGCUUGGCUGCAAGCUUCUUCAUCCCUUUCCAAUUCGGAAUCUCCAUCAUAUAAGCCUAUCUAUAUGGGGUCUGUUAGUGAGGAGGUAAAUGUUGGUCAGGAUUGAAAAUAUGGUAGGGAUGUAAAUGGGGUGGGGUUGGGUAGGCUCCCUACCCCUGCCUCUUCCCGUGUAAAUGGGUUCGGAGCCCAACGGGUACUCAUUUAAUUAGACAAAGUUUAUUUUUUUAAUCAAAA